GUUAGUGCAGGAAUGGGCACUCGUUUACUUCACAGGACAAUAAGAAAAAAUUACUUUCUUAGACAUCCAUUACCAAAACCCACCCAAAAGCAAUGCAUGCUGCACAGAACUUUUCCAAAACCUAUUUCUAACCUAUCAUGUGAAGCUCUUGUAUACAGGAGGCAUGGAGCUUUCAGUGAUGUGUUACACUUGGAAGAAGUGCCACUGUUUUAUAAUGGGAGGGAAGAUAUUUAUAUUAGAAUGCUUGCUGCCCCUGUAAAUCCAGCCGACAUUAACAUGCUGCAUGGCAAUUAUGGCAUUACACCAUGCUUCCCAGCAAUUGGUGGAAAUGAAGGAGUAGGAGAAGUAAUCAAGGUUGGUUGCAAUGUGAACUCCGUUAAACCAGGAGACUGGGUAAUUCCAACAGAUUCAGGAUUCGGCACAUGGACAACACAUGCAGUUUGCCAGGCGCACCAAGUGACGUCUAUUCCUAAUAAUAUCUCCCUUAUCAGUGCUGCUACCGUAAGUGUAAAUCCUUGCACUGCUUAUCGGAUGCUCAUGGAUUUUGUUACAUUGAAUCCAGGUGACACAGUCAUUCAGAAUGGAGCUAACAGCACUGUUGGUCAAGCUGUGAUUCAGAUUUGUUCAUCAAUGGGAAUAAACACUAUCAACGUGAUUCGAGACAGUUUUAUUCCCCAAAGGCCUAAUGUGAACGCACUGAUUGAAAAACUGAGGUCCUUGGGAGCAACCUAUGUUAUUACCGAAGAAACUCUUCAGAAGCAAGAAAUGGCAGAUAUAUUUAAGGUGGUUGAAAGACCAAAAUUAGCUCUCAACUGUGUGGGAGGAAGGAGUGCUGGAGAUCUUUUCACGCAUCUCAUGGAUGGCAGCACUAUGGUUACUUAUGGAGGAAUGUCACGAAAGCCUACACCUGUCCCUGCUAAAGCUGUGAUAUUUAGAAAUAUUAAAUUAUAUGGAUUUUGGAUGACUCAGUGGAAGAAAGACAAUCUACAUGAUGUGGCCAAAAUAAAAGGAAUGCUAUCGGACUUGAUUGAAAUGGUACGGAAAGGACAUUUACUGGAACCUGCUUGCACCCAAAUUCCAUUUAAAGAGUACGAGACUGCAUUUCAUGACAGCCUGAACCCCUGCGGCAGUAAAAAUAUACUAAUUAUGGAAUAACCAUACAAAUUUGCCAUUAGUUAAUAUAAAUUAAGCCAUUAAUGAACAAUAUUUAUACUGUCUUACCACACAGUUUUGAUGGCUCCAAAGCUUUAUUAGUUGGAAAACCCCAGCUUUCGCAAGUACACUAGUAGCGAACUUCAUAUGACCACCUCAAUAAAAACUUUCCUUCUA